AUGGAGUCUUUUUCGGAUUUCAUUGAUGGGGCGGGGUUAUUUGAUUUACCUUUAGUGGGUGGUCCAUUUACUUGGUCUAAUGAGCGUACUCCUCUUACCUUCUCUCGUCUUGACAGGUUCCUUGUGUCAAGUAAUUGGGAGGAGAAGUUUUCCGAUGUUGUUCAGGAUACGUUGGCUCGUCCUAUUUCUGAUCAUGUCCCUUUCGUUUUGGAUUGUGGUGGGUUGCGUAGCAGAAGAUCCCCUUUCGGAUUUGAGAAUAUGUGGCUUCAGGCUGUAGGCUUUCUGGAGCGUGUUCAAUCCUGGUGGGUGGGGUAUGGUGUGGUUGGCACCCCAAGUCAUUCUCUUGCGUGUAAGUUUUGCCUUUUGAAUAAUGAUUUAAAAGUAUGGAACAACGAGGAUUUCGAUUAUUUGGUGUGGAGGAAAAAUCAUGUUUUUUCUGAGAUUGCUGAGAUUGAUCGGAUGGAGGGCCAGGGUAGUUUAGCGGAAUCCCUGAAACUUAGGAGGGUAGAGUGUCAGGCGAAGUUUGCUGAAAUUGCUGUCAUGGAGAAGAUUUCGUGGAGACAAAAGUCUCGAGCCUUGUGGCUUAAGGAGGGCAACAAUAACACUAAGUUUUUUCAUCAUCUUGUUAAUGCUCAUAGAAGGGGCAAUCACAUUGGGAGGAUCCAGGUGGAUAGGGUAACAUUUUAUAAGGAGGAGGAGAUUUGUAAGGGUAUUGUUGAUUUUUACUCGAGGUUGUUUACAGAAUCUGUUGGUUGGAGACCUUUGCUUGCAGGACUUCAUUUUGACUCUAUUUCGAGUGAGGAGAGCUCUAUUUUGGAGGAGCCUUUUCUGAAGAUGAAGUUUUGUUUGCGCUAA